CCCCUUGCGAGCCCGGAGCGCUGCGUGCGGGGAUGCCGGAGCAGCGCCGCCCCGCAGCCGCAGCACGGGCAGACCCCGCCGGCUCCCGCGCAGCCUGCGCUCCUCCAGCGGGAGCCCAGUGACCGCCUCUCCCCUCCGCAUUUGAGCUAUGGAUCGCCGAGGCUUCCUCGCUCGUCCUGAGGAGCGGCGCUCGGCUGUGCUUCCAAGGAUUUGCUUUCCAAAUGUGUUGGCUCUGAAGGCGUGAAGAUCAAACUGAGCCUUUCCCGAAGGGAGAAUUUCCAUUCUGCUUGCCAAUAAUGCCCGAGUUACAAAUUUAAUGGCAGACCUUGAAGUAUAUAAGAAUUUAAGUCCAGAAAAAGUUGAAAGAUGCAUGAGUGUGAUGCAGUCUGGGACGCAGAUGGUGAAGCUGAAGAGUGGAACCAAGGGGCUGGUCCGUCUCUUCUACCUGGACGAGCACAGGACCUGCAUCCGAUGGAGGCCCUCCCGCAAGAGCGAAAAGGCAAAAAUUGUCAUCGACUCCAUUUACAAAGUCAGCGAGGGCCGGCAGUCGGAGAUCUUCCACCGCCACGCCGAGGGCAGCUUCGACCCCAGCUGCUGCUUCACCAUUUACCACGGCAACCACCUGGAGAGCCUGGACCUGAUCACGUCCAACCCCGAGGAGGCUCGCACCUGGGUCACGGGGCUCAAGUACCUCCUGGCCGGGAUCAGCGACGAGGACUCGCUGGCCAAGCGCCAGAGGACGCACGACCACUGGGUGAAGCAGACCUUCGAGGAGGCUGACAAGAACGGGGACGGGCUGCUGAACAUCGAGGAGAUCCACCAGCUGAUGCACAAGCUGAACGUCAGCCUGCCCCGCAGGAAGGUCCGCCAGAUGUUCCAGGAGGCAGACACAGAUGAGAACCAAGGAACCCUGAACUUCGAAGAAUUCUCAGUGUUUUACAAGAUGAUGUCCUUGCGUCGAGAUCUGUACCUGCUGCUCCUAAGCUACAGUGACAAGAAGGAUCAUCUCACUGCUGAGGAGCUGGCCCAGUUUCUGAGGGUGGAACAGAAGAUGAAUAAUGUGACACCAGAAUAUUGUCUGGACAUCAUACAGAAGUUUGAAGUGUCAGAAGAAAACAAGAAGCAAAAUGUUCUUGGGAUUGAAGGCUUCACCAGCUUCAUGCGCAGCCCGGCGUGCGAGGUGUCCAACCCGCUGCACCGCCACGUGCACCAGGACAUGCAGCAGCCCCUGUGCCACUACUUCAUCGCCUCGUCCCACAACACCUACCUGAGCGGGGACCAGCUGCUCUCCCAGUCCCGCGCCGACAUGUACGCGCGCGUGCUGCAGGCCGGCUGCCGCUGCGUCGAAGUGGAUUGCUGGGAUGGCCCAGAUGGGGAGCCAGUGGUGCACCAUGGCUACACCCUGACUUCCAAAAUCCUCUUCCGGGACGUGGCAGAAACCAUCAAUAAAUAUGCCUUCAUCAAAAACGAGUUUCCAGUGAUCCUGUCCAUUGAAAACCACUGCAGUAUUCAACAGCAAAAGAAGAUCGCCCAGUACCUGAAGGAGAUAUUUGGUGACAAACUGGACUUGUCAUCUGUGAGCACUGGAGACCCCAGGCAGCUUCCCAGCCCUCAGGAUUUAAAAGGGAAAAUCCUAGUGAAGGGUAAGAAGUUGCCCUGCAGCCUUGGAGCAGAUGCUGAGGAAGGAGAGGUUUCAGAAGAGGACAGUGCUGAUGAAAUUGAGGACGACUGCAAGUUAAAGCCCUGCUUUAGCAAUGGUGCAACUCAGCACCAGGUGGAAUCCUUCAUACGGACGAAACUGGAGUCUCUGCUGAAAGAAUCCCAAAUCAGGGACAAGGAGGAUCCUGACAGCUUCACUGUGAGGGCCCUGCUGAAGGCAACUCACCAGAGCUUCAGUGUGAACAUGAAGCAGAACUUAGACACAAAAGAAGGUGGAAAAAAGUCUCAUGGUCGAUCAUUAAUGGGGAACUUCAGUAAACACAAGAGAGCUGCCAAGGCAGCAGCCAAAGCCUACAGUGCCUCGGAUGAUGAGGACGGCCAGCAGCACCCUCCGGGCAAGGAGCUGGGGCAGCCCCACAGCAGGCUGGCCCGCCGCAGGAAGACAGUGAAGCUGUGCCGGGCCCUGUCGGACCUGGUGGUGUACACCAACUCCGUGGCAGCCCAGGACAUCGUGGAUGAUGGCUCCACAGGGAACGUGCUGUCAUUCAGUGAGACCAGAGCCCACCAGGCAGUGCAGCAGAAGGCUGAGCAGUUCAUGCUUUACAACCAGAGGCAGCUGACCCGGGUCUAUCCCUCAGCCUACCGGAUCGACUCCAGCAACUUCAACCCUGUUCCCUACUGGAAUGUGGGCUGCCAGUUAGUGGCCCUAAACUACCAGUCUGAGGGACGUGUGAUGCAGUUAAAUGAAGCAAAAUUCAGGGUAAAUGGCAACUGUGGUUAUGUCCUCAAACCUCAGCAGAUGUGUAAAGGCACGUUCAACCCCUACUCUGCUGAUCCACUUCCUGCCAGUCCUAAGAAGCAGCUGAUUCUGAAGAUCAUCAGUGGGCAGCAGCUCCCCAAGCCCCCUGACUCAAUGCUGGGGGACAGAGGAGAGAUCAUAGAUCCCUUUGUUGAGGUGGAGAUUAUUGGGUUACCUGUUGACUGCUGUAAAGAUCAGACCAGAGUGGUGGAUGACAAUGGGUUCAAUCCUGUGUGGGAGGAGACCCUCACCUUCACCAUCCACAUGCCCGAGAUUGCCCUGGUGCGCUUCCUGGUCUGGGACCACGACCCCAUCGGGAGGGACUUUGUGGGCCAGAGAACUGUGGCCUUCAGCAGCCUCGUGCCUGGCUAUCGCCACGUGUAUUUAGAAGGACUCACAGAAGCUUCCAUAUUUGUUCAUAUAAUCAUUAAUGAGACCUAUGGAAAGUGGAGCCCUUUAAUCCUCAAUCCCAGUUACACAAUAAUGCACUUUCUAGGAGCCACCAAGAGCAAGCAGCUGAUGGGGCUCCGAGGGCUCUUCUCCAAGGCGCCCAAGGCGGGCACGGCCGAGCCCAGCGGGCACCACGCGCGCAAGCGCUCCAUCGGCGAGCGCAUCCUGCGGCGCACGGCCAGCGCCCCGGCCAAGGGCAGGAAGAAGAGCAAGAUGGGCUUCCUGGAGGCUGCUGAGAUGAAGGACAGCGCCUCGGAGCCGGCAGACCUGAAGGACAAGGACGGGGUGCUGCGGCGGCCGAACCGCCCCUCGCAGGCGCGCCCCGCCUCCAUGCCCGUGGACAGGUUCCUCAUGGUGGAGCUGCCCUGCCCUGCACAGGACACUGCCCAGGAGGCCGAGGCAGAGGACAACACAUCUGCCAACAGUGAUGACAAUACAAAUGAGAAGGAAACAAGCUUGAAAGAAUUGGGUUCUCCACCUUCGGAGCAAAAGUCAAACGCUUCACAUUUAGCAUCUCAGUUCAAGAAGGAGAAUGACCAGAGGGAUUCUACAGCUGACUGUUUAGCACCACCUCCACAGGAGCAACCUGAACAUUUGGUUUUUGCAGAUGGUAUAGCUCAAGCAAAUCACCUUGUGGACUACCAGGAGGAUAAUCUCUCUGAUGGAACUGUCCCCCUAACGCAAGACUCUGACUCUGAACUUCCCACAGAAAAAUCACACCACAGAAACUGUGCAGACAGUAAAAAGGAAGAUGACACAACAGGAUCUAAGGAAGGGAAGACCAGUCUCAUAGGGACUUCUGUUUCUCAGAGCACAGAGGUGGAGAAUCACAAAUGUGACAUGAAGAAAAGCACUGCAGCACCUCUUUCCCCUUCUUCUGCCGAGUGCUCUGGGAGCCCUGACUGUCACUCCGCAGCAGCCCUGCAGGACAGUGACAUUUCUCACCUCAUUGAUGAAGUCUCUCUCUCGACUGAGAGCGAGCUGGACAGCGCUGUGUCCACUCUCAUUGGGCAGCUCGAUGGCACAGAUGACCAAACACCCCUUCCCCUUGUCUCCAGCCCCCACGGCAGCCAGACCCCCAGGGUGGGGAAUGCAGUCCCACACGUGUUUGCUGCAGACCUGAGCAGCUCCUGUAGGCACAACUUCACUCCCACAAAAUCCAACAAAUCCUCUUUAUUCUCCACUCUGGACACAGCCAUGUUCUCCAGCUUGGAGGAUCCAGAGUAUUCCACAUACACAGUUCUCCAUGAGGCAUCUCCACCUUCUGAAUGUAAGAGCCACAGGGCACUAGUCUGCAAGAAAAGAUUAAAUAAUCUAGAAAGUAACUUGCCCAGCUCUUCUUCCCUCUCUUUGCUAAACGCAAAUCCCAAAAGGAACUGUGCUACAAAAUCUGGACCAAGCUGGGAAGCCCCCGAGCCUGCCAGUUCCUUUGGGUCCAACAGCCUCAUCUUUGAGGAGGUGCUGGGGCGCCCUGUCCCUGGGGAGCACUCGGCCAGCAGCAGCCUGCUGGAGCUGGAUGGGGACUGCCAGGAGCUCCUGGUGACCGCCCGUGAGUACCGACGGGAGGACAUGAGCCAGCUGGCCUCGCCCGUGAGCCUGAGGCAGAGACAGGAGCCCGGGCACGGCGGGGACAGGACCGCUGGGAGCAGCUCGUCUGGCGGGGACAGGAGCUCGGGGAGCAGCUCCACCGGUGGGGACAGGAGCUCGGGGAGCAGCUCCACCGGGCACGGCGGGGACAGGAGCUCGGGGAGCAGCUCCACCGCUGCGCCCUGUGCCGCUGCCCGGCACUGCUCCAGGACCUGCGGGGCUGCAGGGAGCCAGCCGGCUGUCCCCGCGUGUGAGAGCACUGCGGGUUCGUGGCAGCAGCCCUCGGAGAAGCACAGGGCUGCCGUGUGUGCCCCCCAGGCCGGCUCAGCCUUUCCCCUGUGCCCCGGCGCUCUGCCGUUCCCCACACACCCGGCCAUCCAGCAGAGCAGCCCCUGCAAGUCCAAGAGCCUGGGAGACCUGACCUCGGAGGACAUCUCGUGCAACUUCGAGAGUAAGUAUCAGUACAUCAGCAGGAGCUUCAUCUCCUCGGGCCUGAGGGACGGGAAGCUGGCCGCCAUGCAGGGCGUGAGGCCGCACUCGACGGACGCGCUGACGGAGCAGCUGCGGAGGCUGCUGUCCCCGGAGCAGGAGGACGGCCGGGAGCCGCCGUGCCCCAGGCAGCCGGACGAGGACUGCCCGCGGGCCCUGGUGAGGAAGCUGUCGUCCCGCAGCCAGAGCCGGGUGCGGAACAUCGCCAGCCGCGCCCGGGAGCGGCAGGAGGCGGCGGGCAAGCCGCGGCCGUGCGGGGGCAGCGCCGUGCCCGGGGUGGUGCUGCGGAGCAAGGCCCCGGGGCCGCCGCUGGCCGCCAACCGGCACUCCACGGGCUCCUGCAUCGGCCGCUACCUGCGCGGCUGCCCCGGCGAGCGGCGCGGCGUGCCCGAGGGAGCCUGCUCCGCGCUGCAGCAGCUCGGCUGCGGGGAGCUGCGGUACGGCUGCGGGGAGCUGCUGCCCGGCUGCGGGGAACUGCGGCAGCACGGCUGCGGGGAACUGCCGCUGCCUCCCGGCGCCCAGGAGCAGCCCGAGAUCUAUUUCCUGCUCCGGCUCUAGGCACGGCCCGGCCCGGACUGCUGCUCUGCAGGGUACAGGAGCUGCUUGGAGCUUACAGUGUAUUUCAAAUAAGCAGUUUCAUGCCAGUAAGUCAGGGGUAGUUUAACGUGCCCCUUCCUGGCAGGGCUGAGGGAGGCAGGAGCCGCCCUCCAUCCUUUGGGGUGCUGCUGAUGGAGCCCGUGUGCAUUUGUAGCAUUCUGUGUCCGUAAUGCCGUGCUCCAAAGCCUGACAUUGCACUGAAGGCAAUACUGGUUUCCUUGUGUCUUGUCCUCCAGCUUGGAAAAACACUUUUGGCCUUUUGUGAGGAUUCUCCAAAGCACUGUGGUGUCUGGAAUGCUGGACUGGGGCUUGUUCUGCCCGACAGGCAGCAACCCUUCAUUAGCAUCACUUGUUCUGAAUUGUUACUAUAAAUUUUACAUGUUUUCAUGUAUGAACUGUGAGUCUGCAGCAAAUGGUUUGUAGAAUUAGGGUUAGUCCAGAUUUGUGAGUCCUGUGUAGAUUUGUCUUCUGCCCUCUCUACAAAGUGUGACAACAGUUGUCUUCCUCUUUGGUUACUGUGUUGGUUUGGGACAGAGUGGAAUGUGGGAGUAAUUAUACUUUUAUGAAUGAAAACACUUUAUUUCUGCUUAUUUUGUUAUGUAUUUUUGCUGUUGGUUGUGUGAGUAGCUUCGGUACAGUAGAUCCAUUUUCUGUAUAUUUGUAAUUUUAUUGCUGAAUUGUCGACAGUCAGUGGAAUAUUUAAGCUGACAUGGUAGAGUGACUAUUUUGACUGUUCACCUUUUUCUAUGAAGGCUGAAAGUGAAUUGGGUGAAGGAAUCUCAGAUACUUAAAGCUUCCCUGUAGGGAACAACAUAGCUUUAUUUUGGUUGGAAGAUACUCUAUGCCUUUGCUGUAAGUUUUUCUGAUAUGUCAAAGACGUACCUUUUACCUCUUUCUUUUGUAAUGCAGAG